UUCUUUUUCAAUCGAUUACUGGAUCGUGUGUCCCAUGAUGCACUGGGGCUGAACAGGUCUCUUCCUCUUUCUUUUUGGUCAGCCUCUAGCCGAAGCUACCUGAUUUGUCCCUAGACUAGGGCCCCUAAUCACGUAAAAUGGGGUUCGUAAAAGUCGUAAAAAAUAAAGCAUACUUCAAACGCUUCCAAGUGAAGUUUAAGCGUAGAAGGGAGGGCAAAACGGACUAUUACGCCCGUAAACGCCUUAUAACACAAGACAAGAACAAGUACAAUACCCCCAAGUAUCGCUUUGUUGUUCGUAUUACGAACAAGGACAUAAUCUGCCAGAUAGCGUACGCAAAGUUGGACGGGGAUAGGGUUUUGGCAUCAGCCUACGCCCAUGAACUCCCCAACUUUGGCGUCAAGGUCGGGUUGACUAAUUAUGCUGCAGCUUAUUGCACAGGACUGCUAUUAGCUCGUCGUCUGCUGACGAUGCUGAACCUGCAUGAGAUCUACACAGGUACAGAUGACGUGAAUGGAGAUGAGUACAACGUGGAGAGUGUGGAUGGCUCACCUGGAGCUUUCCGCUGUUUCCUGGACGUUGGUUUGGCCCGCACUAGCACUGGUGCCAGGGUGUUUGGAGCAUUGAAGGGAGCUGUUGAUGGUGGCCUGGAAAUUCCACACAGCAUGAAGAGAUUCCCUGGGUAUGAUUCAGAAUCCAAGGACUUCUCUGCUGAGGUGCACCGUAACCACAUCUUUGGCAAGCAUGUUGCAGAGUACAUGCGCUCUUUGGCUGAGGAAGAUGAGGAGUCGUAUAAGCGCCAGUUCUCUGCUUACAUCAAGAAUGGGGUUGAUGCAGAUUCUAUUGAGGGUAUCUAUAAGGCAGCCCAUCAGGCCAUCCGUGCUGACCCUGUGCACAAGAAAGCAGAGAAGAAGGAUGUUCAGCUGAAGAGGUUCCAUCGCAAGAAGAUGUCUCGCCAGCAACGGGUGGAUCGCGUGAAGCAGAAGAAGGCAGCUUUUCUCCGCGCUCAGGGCGAAGAUGAUGAUUAAGCUCCCAAGCUUAACAUCAAAUAAAAUGAAUAUUGCUGCCAA